AUGGCCCACUUUGCCGAUCCGCUACCACCACCACCAGUUCUUUGCCGGCCGGACCAGGCGUCGGCGUUGCUCCGGCUGAAGAGUUCCUUCUCCACCGACGGCUGGGGUCUCUUUGAUAGGGAGGACGUGUGCACCGCCCUUGCAUCGUGGCGGGCGGGCACGGACUGCUGUGGCUGGGAGGGUGUUUGCUGCGGCGGCCAUGCCGACGGCCGCGUGACCACCCUCGACCUGGGUCAUUGCGGGUUACAGAGUGGCCUCCUGCACCCCGCACUUUUCGACCUAACAUCCCUGAGGAGGCAUCUGGACCCUUCCUGGAACAGCUUCAACGAGUCACAAAUCCCUGCCGUUGGGUUUGAACGACUCGUCGAGCUCGUUCAUCUCAACCUCUCCAACUGUGGAUUUGCAGGCCAGAUACCAGAUGGGAUACGACAGCUCACCAAAUUGGUCUUCUUUGACCUCUCAACCAAGAUCGACCUUAUUGAUGAAUACAGUGAAUAUUAUACAGUUGCGGGAUGGUGGGACGAGCUCCUUGUUGUAGAGCCAAACAUCUCAUCAUUCGUUGCUAAUCUUAGUCAUCUCCAAGAGCUUUACCUAGGCAGAGUCGAUUUGUCCGACAAUGGGGCAAGCUGGUGUAGUGCCUUUUCUAAUUCCACCACCUCUCAACUCCAGGUUCUUAGCUUACCAUAUACCGGCCUCAAAAGUCCCAUCUGUGGAUCAGUGUCCACUAUAACAUCACUCACUGAGGUCAACCUACAGUAUAAUGAGUUAUAUGGGCGAAUUCCGGAGUCCUUUGCUGAUUUACCUUCGCUUAGUGUUCUUAGACUUACCUAUAACUUUCUUGAUGGAUGGCUCCCCUCAAGGAUCUUCCAAAACAAAAAAUUAACAGCUAUUGAUGUCAGGUAUAAUUUCAAGUUAUCCGGGUCAUUGCCAAAUUUCUCAUCAGACAGUAUUAUCGUGGAUCUGCUUGUCACUGGAACUAACUUCUCUGGUCCUGUUCCGAGUUCCAUAAGCAAUCUCAGAUCCUUGAACAACUUGGGUAUUGCAUCAACUUAUUUUUCCCAGGAGCUUCCAUCGUCAAUCGGUGAGCUAAGAUCAUUAAGCUCGUUACAGCUCCCUAGUGUCUUGAGGCAUUUGCAUUCUGUUCAAUAUCUUGAUCUUUCAAACAAUCAAAUCCAUGGCACAAUACCUCACUGGGCAUGGGAAACUUGGAAAAGCUUGGUAGUUCUGGACUUAUCGCACAACAAAUUCAACAGCACAGGAUAUGACUCUAUUAGUCCAAUUGAUAUAGGCGUUAUUGUCCUUAGUUUUAACCUAUUUCAAGGACCCAUACCUAUACCAGGACCCUCUACUGAGGUGCUUGAUUGCUCGAACAAUGAGUUCUCAUCCAUCCCACUUAAUUUCGGGUCUCACUUCGUAUAUUUCAACUAUUUUGAUGCCUAUGCAAACAACCUCUCUGGAAAAAUCCCACCAUCGAUAUGUGGAGCAUGGACUAUGGACGUUAUUGAUCUCUCCUACAACAAUCUUAGUGGCUCCAUUCCAUCAUGUUUAAUGGAGGGUACUAGUGUGACUUUAUUAAAGCUGAGAAGAAAUCGCUUACAUGGAGAAUUACCAAAUAAUAUGAAUCAAAAUUGUUCAUUUGAGGCAUUAGAUCUUAAUUACAAUCAGAUCAAAGGAAAAUUACCAAGAUCCCUAGUUUCUUGCGGAGGCUUGGAGGUUUUUGACAUUGGGAAUAAUCAUAUCAAUGAUAUCUUUCCAUGUUGGCUGAGUAUGCUUCCUGAACUUCAAGUGCUUGUUUUGAAGGACAACAAGUUUGUAGGGGAGGUGGGGCCUUCUACUGCAGGAGAAAAGAACAAUUGUGAGUUUAUAAAACUCCGAAUUCUUGACUUGGCUUCAAACAAAUUCCCUGGCACUUUACAAGAUGAGUGGUUUAUGACCAUGAAAUCCAUGGUAAGCAUAUCUGUCAAUGAGAGUCUAGAUAAUCAUGUGAGUCAACUUGGGCAAACAUAUCAGUUUACCGACGCAAUCACAUACAGAGGGAAUGAAGAAGUCACAAUUUCCACAACUUUGAGCACCCUUGUACGCAUUGAUGUUUCGGAUAAUGCAUUUCAUGGUGCAAUCCCAAAGUCAAUUGGUGAUCUUGGUCUACUAAAUGGUGUAAACAUGUCACACAAUGCCUUCACUGGCCCAAUCCCACCUCAGUUUAAUUUGGUGCUCUGA